AUGACACUACCAACUUACAACAGAAUUCAUAAGACUGAAUUAGCCAUGAGCCCAACACUUACUCCUCACAACGGUAUACACUACACAACAUACCUCUACCCAUCAAAACGACCACCCGACUUCAGGAACAGCACCAUCAAACUCGAAGUCAAAGAGACCAACACAAGUGACUUAAUGAAACUAGUCGAUGACUUCAGUGACUAUUUUUAUAGUAACACAUCCCAAGAUUUUACAAAUACCAGUGUAGAUUUAGUUGAUGUUUACGGAUAUACAAAUUGUAGUUACAAUGGAACUUUUAAUGUCUCCUGUUUUAAUAGACAGGUUGAUGAUUCAGAGCAGAAUCUUUGGGCUCUUUUAUUGUUAAUAUUCCCUUUCUUCACGCUGUUCGGGAACGUGUUAGUGAUAAUGAGUGUGGUUAGGGAGAGGACGCUGCAGACAGUGACGAAUUAUUUUAUAGUGAGUUUGGCGGUUGCUGAUCUCCUUGUAGCAGUCGUGGUGAUGCCGUUUGGAGUAUAUUACUUGGUGAGUGUUAGAAUUAAGCAUGAAGGAAUGACACUGUUACUGUAUUAUAUAUGA